AUGGCUUUUCCAAGAAAGACAAUAUACAUAGCUGUGAUCGGUACCGGUGGAGUGGGAAAGUGCUUCCUUUCACAGCUCGAAAAUCUCUCUAAAAAAUUUCAAGAUGAUCAAUCUUUGCCAAUUCUCUCCUUGAUCUUAGUUUCACGAAGCAAGAAUCUAUUAUUCACCCCUGAUUACAACGGAAUCUCAUUCGAUGACUUAUUAAUCUCCCUCAACAAUUCAACUCAAUGUCAACUUUCCAUUCAUGAAAUGAUCGAUUUCUUAGCUAAUGCGCCCUCGAGUGCAGUUUUGAUCGACAACACGAGUUCACAAGAGAUAGCAAAUUCAUAUCCUCAGUUCCUGGCCAAGGGAAUCAAUAUUGUGACCCCAAAUAAAAAAGCAUUUUCUGGGUCAUUACAUCUGUGGCAAGACAUAUUUACAGCAGCAACAAAAUCUGGCGCUCGAAUAUUCCAUGAAAGUUCAGUUGGCGCAGGACUACCAGUUAUCUCGACCUUGAAUGAUCUUAUUGACACAGGCGAUGAGGUCAUCAAGAUUGAAGGGGUAUUUAGUGGUACGAUGUCUUUUCUGUUCAACUCAUUUACUCCAACUGAAGGGGCCGGUGGAUUGUGGUCGGCUGAAGUUCUAAGAGCAAAAGAACUUGGAUAUACCGAACCUGAUCCAAGAGAUGACUUGAAUGGACUUGAUGUUGCAAGAAAAUUGACCAUUUUGGCAAGGCUUUCUGGGAUUCAGCUGGAAUCUCCGAUGUCAUUCCCAGUUCAAAGUCUAAUUCCAAAGGAAUUAGAAAAAGUAACAUGUAGAGAUGAAUUCUUACGGAGACUCCCUGAAUUUGAUUUUCACAUGGAAGAAAUCAAGCAAACUGCUGAAAAAAAUGGGAAGGUUUUAAGAUACGUUGGAAGUGUUGACGUCGUCAAGAAAGAGGCAAAAGUAAGUAUUGAGAUGUUCGAUCGUUCUCAUCCAAUUGCAGCAUUAAAGGGGAGCGAUAAUCUUAUAAGUUUUUAUACAAAGCGUUAUGAUAAAGGUUCCUUAAUCAUUCAGGGAGCUGGAGCUGGGGGAGAGGUGACAGCGAUGGGUGUCACAGGGGAUCUUCUAAAGGUAGUCAAAUGUAUAUCUUAA